CAAAAAAUGCAAUCUUCCACGAACUGGGUUUUUUUCAUUUCUUGUUAAAAGAGUUUGAUUUUUUUUUUUUUUUUGUUUCACAAAUUUCAUAUCUGCUGUUAACUUUUUUUCUUCUUUCGAAAUUGAAAGAAGAGAAAAAAGGGAAAGCCUUGCUUGAAAAAUGGCCAAAAAAUAUUGACUUUUUUUUUUACCAUUAUCGUGUCGUUUACUGAUUUGAUUUUUGAAAUUGGAAAUUUUGUUGUGUUGGGUGGUUUGUUUGAUGACGACGGUCAUGGGUAUAUGCCGGUCCUUUCACGAUCGAGCUUUAGCCCGGUUCUUUCACUGUUUCCCUUGUCUCUCCGAUCCUGCUCGAAGAUCGUCAUGGGGUUUGAAAGUGACAUUAGUGAUGCUACAUCUGAUUUUCGUUGGCAUUCUCUUUGUUUUCGAUGGUGAUUUAAUUGAGACAACCAAAAAAGAACCCUGGUACACUGCUUUAUAUUUGUUGUUGCUUUUUGCUACAUUGGUACAAUACUUUAUUACUUCUAGUUCUUCUCCUGGUUAUGUUUUUGAUGUAAUGAGGGCUGUUAAUGAGACGAAUGUGAUAUGUCAGAAGUCGUCAAUGGCCUCAAAACAGCCUGCUUCAAGCCAAAAUGGAAGCUUGAAUGUUGUCAUAGAAGGGAGUCAAUCGGGUAGAAAUUUCCAAGGGAGUAAUCCUUCGUCUUGGACGAAGUUGGUUAUGGACAUGUAUCCACCUGGAACAUCCAUUAGGUCUUGCACUUGCUCCUAUUGUAAUGUUGAGCAGCCUCCACGAGCAAAGCACUGUCAUGAUUGUGAUAAAUGUGUUCUUCAGUUUGAUCAUCAUUGUUUAUGGCUCGGAUCAUGUGUUGGUCAGGAUAAUCAUUGCAAAUUUUGGUGGUAUAUUUGUGAAGAGACAGCAUUGUGUCUUUGGACUGGCAUCUUGUAUAUUAUGUACCUGAAAGCCAACAUUUCGAGGGCUUGGUGGAAGGAUGCCAUUAUGAUUCUGCUAUUGAUCGCCUUGUCAAUUGUCAUAAUUUUUCUACUAUUGCUGCUGCUUUUUCACAGUUAUCUUGUUCUGACAAAUCAGACGACUUAUGAACUCGUUAGGCGCAGGCGUAUCCCAUAUCUAAGGCGGAUUCCCGAACGAGUAUAUCCUUUUAGUAAAGGAAUUUGCAGGAAUUUAUACAACUUUUGCUGUGUUCGAAGCAGUAUUUACAGUUUGGAACCUUUGCCCUCGUCUCAAGAACUUGAAGAAAAGGCAAGGCCAUACACUUGCUUAGACAUCUUAGCGUGUCGUUGCUGCUGAUUUUUUAGGAUAGUGUAUCAUUUUAGCCGAAAACAACUGUGAUUAUAACCCGAAAUUUUUUUUAAAGUGAGUGUGUCUGGAAGCAAUCAUUUCGUUCGUGAGUGCAGAAUCGUUCUUUGCUCGUGGUUCGCUCGAGGCUGAGUUGCUUGUGAUUCCUUUUUUUGUCUUGUUUUGCUUUGUUUUAAGGAGUUGGGAAUUUUUGUCAACCAUAAGCAUAAAAAAGAACAUGACAGAAACAGCCAUUGGAGUAUGAGAUUUUUCAAUGCAUUGUUUGGGAUUUUCUGAA